CAAGCUCUACGUUUAAGAGAUGACAGAUCGCCACCUGCAUUCCCGUCCGUACCCCAAGCAUUUGUGCGUGUGUGCUCGCGCGUUCACAGAACACGCGCGCCGGUGUCAAGACGCGUUUGAUGGACACUGUCUGGACAAAGCAUUUGUGUUUGGAUAAAAUGUAGUUGGACACGUAAAUGUAUACACACACUGCCUCGGAGCUACAAUGAGAUCUGAAAAAUCCGGUUUUUCAUUGGAUUUAAUUCUGAUAUGGAUGUUUUCAGCUUUAUCGAUAUCAACGAUCAAAGCAGCUGGGCUGGACAGCAGGCCUGUUCAAGAAUGUCCGCUGGGUCACUUUCCAUGUGGGAAUGUGAGCAUUUGUUUGCCGCAGGUUCUUCACUGCAACGGCCAAAAUGACUGUCCUAAUGGAGCUGAUGAGGAAAACUGUGGGGAUAACAGUGGUUGGGCAGACCUCUUUGACCGGACAUUUAGACGGGUUUUUCCGCAAGACCUGGCAACAGACUGCCAUGUGGAGCAGUUCCCUCAUCUCUGUCAGUGCAUUAAUACAGAGGUUGACUGCGUGCGUGUCAGUUUGAAGUCCAUUCCGCAGGUGUCAACAAACGUUACCUCCCUGUCCUUGAAGAGCAAUGAGAUUCGCAUAAUACCUGAUGAGGCUUUCAUCAAAUACAUCCAUCUACAGAGACUAUUUCUCCAGGAUAAUUGCAUUGGCACUGUUUAUCCUGAGGCGUUUACUGGGUUAUACAGACUGCAGAAACUGUCACUGAGCCAGAACUGCAUCUCUUUGCUUCCUCCUGACGUGUUCCGUGAUCUUCAUAAACUCAAGUGGUUAAUUUUGGAUGACAAUCCUAUCACAACAAUUACAGUAAACGCAUUUACCGGCCUGAAUUCCCUGUUUUUCCUAUCAAUGGUGAACACGUCUAUGGAACAGCUGCCUUCUGCCAGACUCUGCACCCACAUGCCCUUCCUCAGCUGGCUGGACUUUGAGGCCAACCGCAUAAAGACUGUGAGCAUGUCAACCUUUCUCACUUGUGAACAUCUAACCGUGCUAUCACUGAGAGAUAAUCUCAUCAAGACUUUGCCAGAGAACACUUUUCAUGACCUGCGCAUGCUGGGAGACCUGGAUUUGUCCAUAAACCAACUACAGGCACUGCCAGUCAGUAUAUUCAGGGAUUUGUCUUCAUUGCAAAUUCUGAAUCUAUCCCAAAACCCAAUGGACCACAUUCACCCAGGUCAAUUUGACCAUCUACUUCAGCUUCAAUCUCUUGGCCUGGAGGGAGUAGAGAUACCAAACAUCCAGACGCGAAUGUUUUGGCCCAUGGCUAACCUUUCCUACAUAUAUUUCAAGAAGUUCCAGUACUGCUCUUACGCCCCACACCUGCGCAAGUGUAAACCCAACUCAGAUGGGCUCUCGUCUUUUGAAGAUCUGCUGGCUAACGUUGUCCUGCGUGUAUUUGUCUGGGUCAUGGCUUUCAUCACCUGUUUCGGGAACCUCUUCGUCAUUGGGAUGCGUACGGUCCUGCGGGCCGAAAACAACCUGCAUGCUCUGUGCAUUAAAGUUUUGUGCUGUGCAGAUUGCCUGAUGGGGGUCUAUCUGUUCUUUCUGGGGGUCUUUGAUGUGAAGUUUCGCGGCGAGUACAACAAGAACGCUAAGCUUUGGAUGGACAGCCUGGAGUGUCACGUCAUUGGCUUCCUGGCUAUGCUGUCCUCUGAAGUUUCCGUCAUGUUGCUCACUUACUUGACCAUGGAGAAAUUUCUCGUCAUUGUUUUUCCUUUUAGCCACUUGAGACCGAGCAAGCGUCAAACUUUCGCUGUCCUGAUCUCUAUAUGGCUCCUGGGUAUCUCCAUAGCUGCAGUGCCUCUGCUCAAUGAAGAGAUGUUUGGAAAUUACUAUGGACACAAUGGAGUGUGUUUUCCCCUUCAUUCAGAGCGUCUGGAAAAGCCCAUUGCUAAAGGAUAUUCCACUGGCAUUUUUCUUGGACUUAACCUGGUGGCCUUCCUCAUCAUUGUCAUCUCCUACUCCAGUAUGUUUUACUCCAUCUACAAGACAGGCAUCAAUGCAUCGGAGCUGCGCGGUCGGCUGCACAGGGAUGUGGCCAUGACCCACCGUUUCUUCUUUAUUGUGUUCUCUGGUGCCCUCUGCUGGAUUCCUAUAUUCCUGGUCAAAAUCCUCUCGCUGCUACAAGUUGAGAUGCCAGGAACCAUCACGUCAUGGGUUGUGGUCUUCAUCCUCCCCAUCAACAGUGCCUUAAAUCCCAUCCUGUACACGCUGACCACCAGCUUCUUCAGAGAGCAGGUGGAACUUUUAUGGUGCCAUUGGCAGAGGCAACCAAAGCUCAAACCGGACCGCAAAAGCCUCACCAGUUCUGUUAUGUACAUAGACCCAUCGAGAUCUUCCUACUACCAUCGCAGCUACAUUCCACAGACGUCUAUUUUAGGCAUAAAUGCCAGCUAUAGAUGAGGGUGCCCUGCAUAAGCAGAUACACAGAGUUAAAAAAGUGCAAGAGACUUUAAAGGCGUUUUUAAAGCUCUUUGGUGUUCCACUGGAAACGUCUUAGCGUCAUGGACUGAGAUCGGAACUGUUCUCGUGAAGCAGUAAUGGUCCUUCACGUUGUAGGUUUGUGCUUGAUCGUGCAUCUGAAGAUGUGGUUGGACAUGGCAAAUGAAGAGAAAGCACUGUUUGUUAACAAACCAAAAUGGAUGAAUCUUCUGCUAUCUCACUUUUUAGUCAGUUUUCGUCUGAUCAAUGUGAGAGAUGUGCCUAGACAGAGUGCUGGUUGUCUCAUGUGAACUAAAUGAAGUGGACAGAUAUUUGUAUAUAUGAUGUAUCAUUUCUGUAUGUGUCAUUUAGGUUGUCUAAGAAACAAUUGUCUGGCGUUGAUUUUUUUUACAAAACAUUAAUGUAACCUUCUCCUUAAUUCAUUUUUGUUUUUUAAGGCAGUCAGAGAUAUUAUGUGGUUCACAUUAUUUUUACUCUUGUUGACUCUAGCAGUAGCAAGAAUGUAAAACUGACUCGUGUUUUCAAUUCAUACAGUUUACAUUCCUCCAGUUUUAUACGUUUUACAAGCUAUAAUAAAGUUUGUUUUCAUCACAGUUGUUUUAAAAGUCCCGUUA